AUCAGAAACUCUCCAGAACGUAAUUGUUCCAUACCCGCCUUCAGCGCCGUCGGAGAAGUCUUCCUCGGCAAGUACUCCCUCACUCACACUGAAUUGACUCCACGGAUGAUACCGUAUUUGUACAAAGACGAUCGGAAGAAGCGCCAGCCGCUGUCAGGACAUUCGAAUUCGAGCUUUCUAAUGAUAGGUUCUGUUAACCCUCGCUUGCACCUUCACGUAUGCCGAGAACCCCUACCACCCCCAGAGCCUGCACCAUGUGGAAGUCAUGGAGCACAGGGGCAAUCAUUUUCCUAUGGAACCCGGCAAUGCUCCGCGGGAGCUUGAUACCUAGGCAUCAAACCAGCAAAGGGUGGCACCUACAUCUACCAAGGAUGGAUGACACACACGGACAGUGGACUGUGGGCGAGAAGGCGGCGGCAAGCGGGUGGAGCCAUGGGUGGUUACUGCACAGAACCGCACACAUCACGUCGCCGGCUCAUGUCACGGUUCAGCGUACAUGGGGCGUAUCACCGCCAGAGGGGCCUCUUCUGGUGGCUUCUGCAAUUUUCGGUAGCUACACGAACCAAACCAAAAAGGCCGGGCACACAAACCCAAAGGCCAGGGGACCCGAAGGGGAGGGGAACCUCCUAGCUAUCUGUUGCUGUCUGUUACAAGCCCUUUUCUCCCACCCUUUCUGUGCGUUUCCGGAUCUGACGACUUUCGUCUACGGUCUUGAAGCUCUGCAGAAGAAGCUCGUUGGGCUGGCUAAAAUGCUGAGGAUGGGCUUUCCAAAGCUUCCGGGAGCUACACAAACAUCUGCCAUCACGCCCACAGCAGCAGCAGCGGCGGCGGCGGCAGCACGAGGUCAAGCCACUGUGUAGAAAAGGUGCAUAUGCCAGCCACUGACUCAUGGUCCAUGCACACAAAGAUACCGAACGAAGCACUCGCACGCCCCAUAUCUGGGUGAACCCUCGCCUAAGUGGUAACAGUAUUUGGACACAAGAGGUGGCUUCCUGUCUGGUACCACUUAUCCUGUAUAGACAGAUACUCCAUCUCAUUUUGGAUUAUUGUUAUUAUAUGGCUAUUUGAUAUUGAUUUGCUGGAAUCCCACCCACGCUCUACUGGAGCCCCCAUCAUAUCACUCGAGUUUCCAGCAUAGGUACUUCUUUUAUAUGCGAU